AUGGUCAACCAAAACCCCCUCCCCGUCAACUCCGCCCUCGCUCUCUCCAUCCUCACCUCCCUCGGCGGCGCAAUCGGCUACGCACGCACCGGCUCAAUCCCCUCUAUUGCCGCCGGUCUCUCUGUCGGUGCCCUGUAUCUCCUGUCCUUCGCGCGCCUGCGCUCCGGCGAGACAUUCGGCGAGGAACUCGGUCUUCUGGCUUCGGCUAUUCUGGGCGGAAGCUCCAUUCCCCGUGUUAUCAAGACUGGGGGAAAGCCAGUGCCGCUGGGACUUUCGGUUCUUGCUACUUACGGAAUUGUUGUUUUUGGGCUUGCGUUUAAGGAGAAGAGGGCCUAA